AUGGCUGAUACAGAAGCCGAUAUAUCGAAAAAUGACCCGGAGGAGCAAGUUACCCCUCUGUCAAAUCAGAGGCGACAAUGGUACCGCAGUACGCUAUUCAACGCCUGCGUUAUUGGGGGUGUUGGAUUUCUAGCUCCAGGUUUAUGGAAUGCCAUGAACUCUUUGGGUGCUGGUGGAGCUGAAUCACCAUAUCUCAUCAACGCUGCUAAUGCCCUUGUCUUUGGACUUAUGGGCUUUUUCUGUCUGUUUGGAGGGCCAAUUGCCAAUACGAUCGGACUCUCAUACACGCUUCUUCUCGGCGCCAUUGGAUACCCUAUUUAUUCGGCGGGACUUUACACUAACAAUCGUUUCGGCAACGAAUGGUUCGUGCUCCUUGGUGCCGUGGCCUGUGGCAUAUCUGCCGGUCUUUUUUGGGCGAGCGAAGGAGCCAUCGCCCUUGGAUAUCCGGAGCCUACUAAACGUGCUAGAUAUCUAAAUAUCUGGGUGUGGUUUAGAACGCUUGGACCAAUUGUCGGUGGCGCUAUUGUCCUGGGACUGAAUGUAAAGACCUCAGGCAAGGGAAGCGUCGGCUAUGUUACCUACCUCAUCUUCAUUGUCUUGCAAUGCCUAGCGGCUCCCCUUGCCUUGGCUCUUUCACCGCCGCACAAGGUCCAGCGAAGCGAUGGGUCGCGAGUUAUCGUCAUGGGAGAAAAAUCCUUAGCCGCUGAGUUCAAAGCGUUGUAUAAAACAUCCAGAAAGCGCAAUGUCCUUCUCCUUCUUCCCAUAUUCUGGGCUGCUUAUUUCAACCAGUAUAGCGGCAACUUUCAGGCAUCCUAUUUCAGUUUAAGGGGAAGAGCCCUGAUCGGCUUCGUAAGUAAUUUUGCGACGCUCUUUUCUUCGCAGAUCCUUAGUCAAUGGCUUGAUUGGACUCGCUUCUCCGUUCGAAAGCGGCUAGAAUAUGGCUACUAUUAUGUCGUUGCAACACAUAUUCUUUCGUGGGUUUAUGGCUGGGUAGUCUCUCAACAAUACACGGCGAAUCCCCCAUUACUGGAUUGGAGCACACCCGGUUAUGUCAAAGGCUUCUUUGUCCUGUUUCUAUGGAGCUUUUCACAGCAGGCGGCUCAGAGUUGGCUCUACUAUCUUGUAGCCACCAUGACCGAUAAUGUGUCAGAGCUAACUAGGUUGACGGGUAUACUGCGUGGCCAGGAGAGCUUUGCCCAGGCGGUAUCAUAUGGUCUCAAUACGAGGGGCUGGUACGGGGGACGAGUGCCGCUGGCAGUAAACACAAUUCUGCUUGGAUUGGCUGUCGUUCCUACUUAUCUUGUUGUUCGUAGUCAUAAUCCUGACGAGGCGGAAACCGAUCUGCAAGAAAAGUCUCCGGAAAUAAGCAACGAACUAUUGGAAACAGAGAAGCAAUAG